AAAAAACCCAAACGAGGGACAAUGGAUAAGGAAUGACUGUAAUCUAUAGAUGAAAGGAGAGUAAUAAUUAAGCAGCGAGAAACUCUUGCGCAUCUCACAGAAAGAGUCACCACGAGGACGUCCCUGGGACCGCGUUCUCUACAUAUUUUUCUAUAGGUAUGACUAGUGGGCACUCAGGGUCGAGGGAUUUCAGGGACAAAUGCCUCAAGCGCCCGCUUUUCUGGGGCCACGAGAAGCAUAGAGCGGGACGGGAUAGACAGACACCCACAAUGACCUUCCUCUAAGGAUGUGAUAAGAUGAUGAUCACUGGUGAUAUUCAGUGAUAUUCCUGUCUGCCGGCUGUCAUUUGUCCAGGAGCAUGGUGCAGGGAUGGGUUGAUAUCAGAGGCCUCAGGAACGCGCAAUCCCGGUCCACAACGGAACAGAUCAGAGGGGUCGAUGCUGUCGACCCUGAAUCUGUCCCACAGUUGCGACCCUAACACAUCACCAUUAUUGACAUCGAGACCGUUUGGGGUAUCUGGCCCAUGCUGAAGCAUUGGAAAAACAUGGCUUGGUAGUCUGAUUAAGCUCAGAAUGCCCACUGCGAUGGACGUGCGACUGUAAUCUUGUAUCCACACAUGUGGCGGACACGGGUUGAUCGCCGAAUGCAGAAUAUCUGUCACUUUUUCUUUGUUUGUUGCUCAUUCAGCCCCUUCGAAGGGUGGCAACACAUGUGUCUAUACACAUCAGCUGCUACGAAGGCUCAACAUGAUGAGUUGGAGCAUGAUGAAUGCAGUCGCUGCAUCCGGAAAAUGCUUGCAGGCAAGGUUUCCGGCCCUCUAGAGAAUGUUGAUCUUCAGAGAAUCUUGAUAGUCAGAGCUCGAUUGUGGCGAAGCACUCCGUAUCAUCUCUGUGGUUGUGAGUGGCAGGCAGCCAUUGUAGAUCCAUAUUCCCUUGGACGGUUGAACGUCCUCUGACGAUGGCUAGAGAAACAAGCUUAUCUAAGUCGAAAUCUUCUCCCACGCCAGUGUAGACUAUCUACUGAAUGCCAGCGUUAUCCACCGAGGUUUAAUGGAAGCAUGGUAACCACGGGCCAACGGAGCCCAAGUCAUAUGAAAGUCACGUCUCGAUGUUUGCUCGGAUGGUUCGAUAGGUUAUAUUAGUAAUCGUCGUCAUGCGAAUGUAACAAAAAACAGGAAUUAGAAUAUGGUGUAACC